UUAAAAAAAAACAUGGAGAGUUCACAUGGGAUUUUGUUGGUUGCACUUAUAGCAACGUUUGCUAUAAUUCACCUUGUUCAAGCUCAGGAUCCAGAAGGGUUCAUCAGUUUGGAUUGUGGGUUACCUCCCAAUGAACAGUCUCCUUAUUCCGAGCCUGUAACUGGAUUACAAUACUCAUCAGAUUCAGGUUUUAUCCAAACUGGAAAAAUUGGUAGGAUUCAAAGAAAUCUUGAGGGAGGUUACCUAAAGCACCAAACAACGCUAAGAUACUUUCCAGACGGAAUACGCAAUUGUUACAAUAUUACCGUGAAGCAAGGAACCAACUAUUUGAUAAGAGCUAGAGCAAUAUAUGGAAAUUACGAUGGUCUAAAUAUAUAUCCUAGAUUUGACUUGUACAUAGGCCCUAAUUAUUGGGCAACAAUAGACAUUACCAAAUAUGUAAAUGGUACAAGGGAAGAAAUCUCUCACAUCCCAAGAUCAAACAUUUUGGACCUGUGCCUUGUCAAGACAGACGGGUCAACGCCAUUCAUAUCGACCAUCGACAUAAGGCCACUACCAAAUAACAGUUACAUCACCACAUCGGGUUCGUUGAAGCUGUUUUCGCGGUAUUAUUUUAGCAAUUCAAAAUUUGCUAUACGGUUAGUCUUUUUUUUUUUUUAUAAUUAA